GGUCUUUCUCUUCUGCCAGGUUGUGCUGGCGCUUGGUGAUUGGUUGACCUUCAGUUUGUUCCGGCGCGCUGCUCGGGGCUUCAGUUUGUUCGAGUGUGCCGGCAAGAGGGCCGUCCCCUUCCAGGGACAUCCUACAUUCCAACCUCUUAUUGGUGAUAAUGGGCGAGGGAUCUGAUCUGGCUGCUUCCUGCGGGUGUAAGGGUGAUGCCAUAGUAUGUGGGGUCUGAGGUUGGAAUGCAGGAAUAGGGCUGGACCACCAUCCGAUGAAAUGCGACCUGGGAAACUUCAUGAAUUCGUUUCCAUACGAAAUGGAGAAAACAAGAAGCUUUUUCCAGGGCUUCCUAUUACCAGCUGGCAUUGGAGCAGCUGCACAGCUACCCCGAGGCCCUGGCGGCUCUGGGCCCUCCGCUUUUGUCCAUUAGCUCCACCUCACCGACAAGUACAGCUUCGUGGACAUUGCCUAUGCCCAGGUAACGUGCUCCCCAUGCAGACUGAAGUCCGGGAGAGGGCUGCCAUCGCUGGGGGGACGGUCUUGGAGGAUUCGGGAUGGGAACAUGCACGAAGUAAAAUCUCCACUAGGUACUACUGAGCACCUUCUGUGAAAGCAUUAUGGGUGAAUUUAUUCUCACAUACUCGUCUUCCUUUCUGGGGGAUAACUGUGGCAGGGAAGGCAGUGUUCGGGCUCAGGGCACCAUCUGGAACUGACUGUUGUAGGGAAGUGAGCAGCAGCAGUGUGCCACAGCUUCUGCCUGGAACUUGAAAUACAUCUACGACCAGUCAGUGCUCAUUCAAGUGUGAGCAACUCUUUAAACUGUAGUUUUAAUGCUCAUUUAUUCCAUUGCUGCCACGAAAUGCCAGUCCAUUUUCUCAGCUAUAUCCGCUUUUAUAUUUCAGCCAGUAAAGUCACCUGAAUAUGAGAUGCGUUUAUUCUUCUGUUGAACAAAUAUGUUUUGAGCCCACACCAAGUUAGAGGAAUGAUUCGAAGCUGUGUGGGCAAUACAGAGAUACAGAAGGCUUUCCAGGGGGUUAUGGUUUAAAACUCCCAAGUAAGACAGGGUGAAGCGAAUGCUGUGGUAGCAGCCUGGGAGGGAGCAGUUAGCCACCUGGGACAUUGUUGUGAAGAGAAGGAAUGACAGCUAUGGAGCAGUGUGCCCAAGAAGGCACGUGGCUGUGCCCCCUGCCAGUGUGACCUCCACAGAGGUGCAGGCUUCCCAGGCAGGUGUGGUGGGUAGGACGGGCUGGGACCACAGGGCCGUGACAUCAUUGUGUGAGAUAGGCACACUCGAUUCUGGGGCCAGUGGAAGCUAUGGGUAAGAGUGAGAUGCUCUGAUCUAUUUUUUUUUUUUUGUCAGUGUUGUUUUUAUUAAUUUUUUAAUGGGAAUAGUUUCAUUGGGACUUUUUUCUGACAAAAGCCACUCAUACUUGAGUAUUUUGAUAAAAAUAUUUGAUCUGGCUUUAAAAGAUCAAUUCAUGCCGAUUGGAAAUACCCAGAUACUGGACCCCGGGGACUGCCUUUAGGAAAGCAGUGUGGCUAUGCAGCUGUGCAGCCAUGAGAGUGUGAACCGGAGCUAUGGCCUGCUUAGAUCAGGAGAGGACUGCGUCAGAGGUGAUGCUUUAAUGUCCGAUAUGGGUGAGUAGGAAGGUGGCGGUGCCACUAAGUGAGAGAGGGAGCCCAGAAGACAAAGGGAAGGGGUGGACAGGUACAGAGUGCCCCACUGUGUGCCAGGUGGCCUUAUGUGUAUGUCAUCGAGUCUUUCACACCAUGCGGCGUGGCUCCUCUGUGCUUCCCCAUGGGCUGGAUCCUCUCUUUCAUUAUGAAAAGUUUUGAACGUACAGAGAAGAUAAAAGAAUUGACACUCUGGUACCCAGGUAGCCGCUACCUGGAUUCUCCGAUUACAAUUGUUCCCUGGACAACACAGGUUUGGACUGUGUGGGCCCACUUCAUACACAGAUUUUUGUUGAUACAGUACAGGACUGUAAAUGUGUUUUCUCCUUACGAUUUUCUUAACAUUUUCUUUCCUCUAGCUUACUUUAUUGUAAGAAUACAGCACAGAAUACAUAGAACAUACAAAUAUGUGUUAGUCGACUGCUUAUAUUAGUAGUAAGGCUUCCAGUCAUCAGUGUGCUAUUAAUAAUUAAAUUUGGGGGGAGUCAAAAGUUACGUGCAGAUUUUUGAUGUGUUGUUCGAGGGUCGACUGUAAUGUUUUCCUUGAUUUGCUUUAUCUCAUAUCUGUUCAUCUAGCCAUAUCUGUGUCCAUGAACACAUCAUGUUCAAACAUCCAUACACUUCAUUU